AUGCUCUUCAAGACUUUCUCUCUUCUCACUGCCGCUUCUGCUGCUCUUGCUGCUCCCGUUGCUUGCGAGCAGCCCCAGGAGCACAACGAGCCCUCUCACCCCACCUACUCUCUCCACGCUUUUAUGCCUGGCCAGGGAGCUCUCGGUAUGAAGGCUCUUCAGAUCCGAGGAAACGAUGUUGUCUACGGCCUUGAACAGGGCUACUCUUACUUCAAGGUUGAGGAUGUUGGAAAUGCCAUGACCAACGUUCUCUCUGAGGGCCAGGGACCCCGACAACUCUUUGCCGAUGUUCAGACCGGUAAGCUCGACGUCAAGGAUGGCCCCGCUCCUCCCCUUGAGGGCAACAGCGGAGGCUGGGCUUACAAGGGCGAUGGCUCUGUCAAGGAGCUCUCUUCCUAUGGAACUCGAGAGUUCUACUCUUGUACUUCCCAGACUGAUCCUCUCCAUGGUGGACAGGUUGUCUACGUUUUCAACGGAGCCUACGCUUGCAAGGAGCCUAUCAAAUUCACCAUUGGUGCCACAAAGGAGUAA